AUGUCUCAACGAACCGGCAAGGAAAUGCUUCUCAGCAUUGAGGAUGUCAAACAGGCGGCAUCGAUGAAGCUUUCAUCGACUGCGAGAGAAUUCUAUGAUGCGGGUUCGACGGGUCAGAUCACCGUGAAGGAGAAUACCACAGCCUACUCCAAGUACCGAGUGCUUCCCCGCGUCCUCGUCGAUGUGUCCAGCGUCGAUACUGGCGUCACGUUGUUCGGUCAGAAGAUUGACUUCCCGCUAUGCGUCUCACCCGCAGGAGUUCAAGCCAUGGCCCAUCCUGACGGUGAGCUGGCAACGAGCAGGGCGUGCGCCAAACGCAAGGUGCACAUGGGUGUCUCCUCGUUUGCGAACCAUUCCGUUGAGGAGAUAAGAGACGCCGGUCUCCAGGCUGGACCCAUUCAACACGUAAUGCAGCUUUACACGAUGAAGGAUCGGGAGUCUCAACUUCGCAUCAUCCGGCGGGCGGAGAAGGCAGGCUGUGUGGCCAUCUUCCUCACGGCCGAUAGCCCUGUACUGGGUGUCCGCUACAACGAACCUCGCAACGAGUUUCGGAUUCCCGAGGGACUUUCACUGCCCAUGUUCGAGCGGACGUCGGAGACCAUCCGAGCCACGACGCAUGAGGGUGGGUUUGAUGCCAUCAACUCCAGCUCUCACUCUUGGGCCAAGGAGAUUCCCUGGCUGAAGAGCGUCACGCAAAUGCAGAUCUGGAUCAAGGGUGUUCUGACACCAGAAGACGUGGAGCUCGCUGUUCAAUACAGGUGCGAUGGAGUCAUUGUCAGCAACCACGGCGGAAGACAACUUGACGAAACUCCGGCUACGAUCGAUGUGCUGCCGCACUGUGUCAAGGCUGCCAAGGGUAGGAUUCCGGUUCACAUUGACGGUGGCAUCCGCAGCGGAACCGACAUCUUCAAAGCAGUGGCUUUGGGCGCCGACUGUGUCUGGAUCGGACGGCCAGUGAUCUGGGGACUCGCGUGCGAUGGUGAAGCAGGAGUCACUAAAGUCUUGGACAUCAUGUAUGCCGAGUUCAAGAGAUGCAUGCAGUUGUCUUUGAGUUGGUACAAUGCGACCAACUACUCGAGAAACAUUGCCGACAUCGCCCUGUGGCAGAUGAGUCAUUCUCGCGAAGCAUACAUGCGUCUUCACGCUUCAUAUCGCCCAUCAGCGUUGCAGAUGUCGGAGAAGUACCCGAGUGUGAUCGACUGGUGCCCGUUUCCCACGAUCAGGGAUGCCUUGAUCCUCUUCCACUCGGCAAACCCGUACCUGGAUCAAAUCAUAUGCGACGUUGCAACCUCAUACGUCGUCGAGGUUGAGUGCUCUGAUUUGUUCGCCCACGGCAAAGGCCGCGGUUACAUCAGGAUCUGGGACUUGAUCUGUGCCAUGGAAAGUCUGGUGGAUCUCGAGCAAGACGACGGCAGUCAUAAGAGACAGGGAGAUAUUCCCACCAUGGGAAGUCGGCCACCACUGGUAUCGGAGGAGGCGGUUGUGACAAUGCUUCCAGCCCCGAGCCUCGAAGACUUGUUCACAGCCAGCUAUGCAGAAACGGCCUUUCGCAUGCUGGGUUUGAAUGAUGGGGUGCCACGCUUCAAGCUUGACCCGGAGAUAUUCAGACAGUAUCCGGAAUUCUACGACCCAAACGCCAAUCUGAUGCCAUUGGAGUCGCCGCCGACCUCUGCUGAUGCUGCCAGCCACAUGUCCCUCGUGGCCAUCCUCCGCCAUGGCCUCCGCCUACUCAUCCCGCUGGCGGUAGUCUCGACCUUUUACCUCUACCUCUACCCCGUCUUCCUCGGCUGCGCGUUCCCAGUCGUUCCCAGCAACGGCAGCGACACUCCGAAUAGCGUCGAACCUGGCGGCAAUGCUGCUUUCCUCGAGGCUGCGCGGCAGCAUCUCCCUUUGCCGAUCCCCCUCCAAACGAUCGGCGCGCGCCCUGCCCCGUUCCGCCUGCUCGCACUUGGCGAUCCCCAGCUCGAGGGCGAUACCUCCAUUCGAAAGCACGGCGGUCCGUUGUUUCCUCACGCGAGGAGUUUCUGGUCACAAAUAACCUUCAAGGCCGAAAACUCGCUGCGACAGCGUAUUCGCCAAUCUCUCCACGACGUGAUCGACAUCUUUUUCGAGGACGUCUUCAACGAGCUCGAGUCGGUUCGCAAGCGGAUAGACCUGUUUGGCAACGACUUCUACCUCGCCCACAUAUACCGAACAGUAAACUGGUGGACCAAGCCUACACACGUCACUGUGCUUGGUGACCUUCUGGGUAGCCAAUGGAUUGGCACUGAAGAGUUCCGCCGUCGUGGCCGCCGGUACUGGGACCGCGUUAUGCGAGGCACCGAGCGCGUCCCGGACGAAGCCGCCGUCUACCCGUCUAUGGAGUAUGAGCUUACGGACUAUCUGUCGACAACCGGGGAGCCAUCCCCGGUCUGGUCGCGCCGUGUCAUCAACGUUGCUGGCAAUCACGAUAUAGGAUAUGCUGGUGACAUCAACCAGGACCGAUUCGGACGCUUCGAGCGCCUCUUUGGCAAAGCUAAUUACGAGCUUCGCUUCGAACUGCCCGUCGAAGAUCCUGCAGUCAAUGCUACUCUUGUAGAUGACGAGAAGAACCCCGAGUCUGACCGCCUUCCUCCCGAGAUACGCAUCAUCGUCUUGAACGACAUGAACCUGGACACCCCGGCCAAGGAUACAUCCCUGCAGGAUGCUACCUACGCCUUCAUCAACUCGGUUAUCGAGACUUCGUCAGCUGUCGAAUACAAUGGCCACUUCACUGUUGUGCUCACCCACAUCCCGCUGUACAAGCCCGAGGGCGUCUGCGUGGAUUCGCCUUUUUUCGAUUUCCACGGCGAGCACGACGGCGGCGGCGUCAAGGAGCAGAAUCUCCUCUCCUACGAUGCUAGCAAGGGAUUCCUAGAAGGCAUCUUUGGCAUGAGCGGUAACACGGAGGCACCCGGUAACGGUAAAGGUCGCCGAGGCGUGAUCCUCAACGGGCAUGAUCACGAGGGUUGUGAUACGUUCCACUACAUCAAUCAGACGGACGGCGACCUUGGCGACAGGAAGUGGCAGGUCGAACGAUGGCCGACUGCCAAGGGCCGGGGAGCUGUCGGUGCUCCUGGUGCUCCGGGAUUGAGAGAGAUCACGGUCAGGAGCAUGAUGGGCGACUUCGGCGGCAACGCGGGCUUGCUCAGCGCUUGGUUUGACGAGGCGACCUGGAGUUGGCAGUUUGAAUACGCAACAUGCGCCUUGGGGACGCAGCACUUUUGGUGGUUCGCACACAUUUUGGAUCUCGUGGCGAUCGUUGGCAUCAUCGCCUAUAUUGUCCUCUCCGUCAUGGAGGCAAACAAACUGCCAGCGAACACAAAGCUGAACGGGGCGAUGAAAACGAACGGAAGUGUUCCGAAUGGAGCUGUACCCUCCAACGGAGCAGCGAAGAAACCGACAGAGAACGGGGAGGUCAAAUCAUCAUAG